AUCCGGGUAAUUUUUUACAAAAUGGCGGUGAUGUAGCGACUUUCAUCUGCGUCAAAUUUUCACAAAAACAUUGCAGUAUGGCCAAUAAGAACGAUAAGAAGUCAGCCCAAAAGAAGGAGGUUGAUUUAGCCUGGGUACAAAAAUACCUCAGGGAUGGCGUAUACCCUCCAGGUUUGAGCUUUACGGAAAAACGUAUGGUUAGAAAAAGGGCGGAAAGGUUCUGUUUCUGGAAAGAGGAGCUUUAUUACUUGGGGACACCGACUGACCAGUCGUUAGGAAAAAAGACAAGAAAAGUUUUGCUGACACCUAAAGAACGAUGGGAGAAGGUGGCGGAGUGUCAUGUUGAUGGUGAAGGGACUCAUCUUGGUCUGGAAAGGACAGCAGAAAAUAUCACAGCUCAGUAUCAUUGGAAUGGCAUCUACAGAUUUAUCAAGCAGUAUAUCCGUCAGUGCAAAGUGUGUGUGGAGAGAAAUCCAAAAAUGUUUGCAAAAAAGGCAACAACUGAAGAGGUAGAUGAUGGAGAGGAAACAGACAGUGGAGGGGAAGGGCAAGAAGAGGAAGUGAAAGUGGGGUCAAAGGUUGAUCUGAGACUGUUGGGUCCAUAUCAAGUCACCGAGGGUGACAGGUAUAUAUUGACUGGUGUAGAGUCUGAGUUCCAGUGGGUGGAAGCUUUUGUACUAGAUGCUGUAUCCUCUGAUACAGUGGCUCGCAGUCUUCUACAGAUGAUAUGCAGGUAUGGUCAGAUGGGUUCUGUGUCAACAAGUGUUCAUAAUGACCAGCUGUCUCUAUCACUGAAUGAUGCCUUAGUGUCUCUGAAAACAGAAUCGGAUAUGGAUGUUGCUUUGAGUUUUGUUGGACCUGAAAGCACAACUGCCUUGAGUGAUUAUUUCAAGAAAGCAGAGGAUUUGAUAGAAGAAUUUAUAAAGAAGAAUCCAACUACUUGGCCAGAAAAAAUAGACUUCUGUUUGUUACCUUUAAGAAUGUCAAAACAAAAAAGGCAGUCAGGGUCAAGCCCAGCUGUGCAGAGGUCACCAAAGACAUUGUCCAAUGAGGAAGAAGUGAACAAUGCUGCCGAGGUAUUGAUGUCUGUACAUAAAGGUCAGAGUAAAUCACCACUACAUGUCUCUCCCAGUAAGAUUCCAAGCACAAAUGUUAGAGGUAUUGUAACAAGAAGUAGAACUGGCAAUACAAAGCCUAAGACAUUGGAUGAGGAGAAUUAUGAAGUGCCCACACCAAAACGUAAAGCUAGCACAGGUGGGAUGGAGAGCCCAGUGACAAGGAAAAAGAUAAAGAUAGAUGUUGCAACUCCUGAAACUAUGGUGAUUGAAGCUGCUAAAGAGGUAGAAAGUAGUCCCAGUGAUCUAGAGAUUGGCAUUUCACAUGGUGGUUCUUCCAAGAAAACGGUGGAUCUGGAUGAUUAUUACGUAGCUAUUAAGAUGUACUUGUGUGGCGAUGGUUACCCUCCAGCUUCAUCUCCUAGCUUUAAAAGACUUAUCCGAGACCAGGCUCGUAACUACAUAGUAAAAGACGGUGACCUCUAUCAUGAAGUUGGUUCCAAGAAAGAUCUGAAGAAAAUUGUAAUGAGUAGGGAGGAGAGGUUGAAAAUUCUGGCACAGACACAUCUCAAAUCCUCAAGUAAAGUUCAAAUGGUACAGUCAUUAGAGAAUUAUCACUGGAAGGGGAAGCUGGUUGACUGUGAGGCAUUCCUGCUUGCCUGUCCACACUGUGAUAAAGUAGAUCAAAAUAAACUCAAAGAUGUGGCAUUCAAAAACAUGGGUGAAGCUAAGAGACAGUUACUGUAUGACAGAUUUGAUACAUACCAGGAGAUCAGUAACUAUCUAGUGUAUGACGUGUUUUCUGAUGACGAGGCCUCAAAACGUCUAGAAUAUCUCCAGAGACAGAUAAAAAACUUCAAGGUGGAGAAUGAAAAUCUUGUACAUUUUACUGGCGGGAAGAAGCAUGAGGUGAUCACAUCGGCUACAGAGAGACAGAGAGCUGUUGCUGAAGCUCAUCUCAGAAAAGGCACCCACUCUGACCCAACAAACACAUACCACCAGCUAGCAGAUACGUCAUUCUGGUUCGGUAUGAAGUUUGAUGUGAAGAUCUAUGUAAACUACUGUUGCACUGCCGAGAACAAACAUCUGCUAGACAGAUACUUCCAGUUCCGAGAAUAUCAUAUGAAACAGCCACUGUCACAGGAAAUUGCUAGUAGCAGUGAGGAUGUGAUAACAGAGGUACCAGAACAAAAUAUUGAAGUGGGGCCAGUACAGGAGCUAGCUGAACAUACAGUUAUUGAAGAAAUCCCUUUGGAAGAGAAUCUCCUGGCCUCUCCUGUAAAAUCAGCAGGUAUAUAUGUGUCAACCUUGAAACAUGAAGCAGAUGUUGAGACAGGAAAACCGGACACAGAAAUUACAUCAGAAAUUGUCACAGAGAGUGGAGAUGGUGGCAAUGUUGUCACAGAGAGUGAAGAUGGUGGAACACAACAUACUCAAGAAGCCAUUGAUGGUACAGUUAUAGAAGUUCCCACUGAAGAGCCUCCAACUACCAUACUUGUGAGGAUGACAGAAGAUGGACAGGCGAUCAUCAUGCGGGAAGAUGGUUCUGAACAAUCUGCAGAAAUGCAAGUGGAUGGAGCAUCAGAGGUUGUCACAACAACCAGUAAUAACACAACAGCCACUAAUAGUGAUGAUGUUACCAGUGCAGCUGUUAAAUCAAUUCUCAGUGAUACAGUGGCUAUACGACAAUUAUAUGGAGACACUGCGACAGAAGGGGAACAAGUGUCAGAGACAGUUAUAGAGGAAAUACAGCCAUCGGAACAAAACAUAAUGGAUACUCAGACAGAACUGGCAGUAGCAGGAACAGUAGGUACUGCAGAAGAGGGUACAAAUACAGAGGAUGUGAUAGAGGAAGGUGAGGACAGUGACAGCUGGGCGUACGGCUCCGAGGACGAGGACGAGGGAGAUGACAACGAGAAGGAUCACUCCAUGCUCGAGGCCCUGAUGAAGAACUCUGAUAAAAAGCCUGUCACCCCCAGACAACACUUUAAAUGUAGCCAGUGUAACAAAAUAUUUUAUGGACCUCUCAAGUUCAAAAUGCACAUGUACAAACAUACCGGGCAGAAACCGUUUCCCUGUAACCUUUGUAACAAAAAAUACACAAACAAGAAAUCUCUUGUCCUGCAUCAGAAAAUCCACACAGGAGAACUGCCUUUUCUUUGUAGUCUAUGUGGUAAAAGAUGUCCUAGUAAGAUAGCGCUAAAAUCUCACUUGAAAUGUCACGAUGGUAACGGUGGAGGUUUCCCUGCAAAGUGUGACAUCUGUGACAGGGUAUUUUCUCGUAAACAUCUGAUGGAGCGACACAAACUUCACAAACACACUAAUCUACAGACAGAGUUCAAAUGUACAGAAUGUAACAAAGUUUUCAGUCAUCAAAGAAGUUUGAAGCGUCACUUUAUGUCCUCCCAUCUGAAUAUAAAGAACCAUGUAUGUGGUCUAUGUGGGAAGUCGUUCUACAGGAAGGAAUAUUUAACUGGUCAUCUGAUACAGCAUGGUGGGGCGGCAGCGGAGGGCCUCACACCUAGGAAACAGAGACCGUCAACAUUUAAACCACGGCCCUCAGUCUUCAAUGUGUCUCACGAAUUAAAGAGGUUAAAGCCGGAUGGAGAAACAGAUGGUGAGGAGUAUGAAGAAAUGCAAGAUGAUUCGAGAGAAGAGGGGGUACAGAGAAUCAUACUUACACAAGAUGAAAAUGGUCAGUUGCGAGUGGUUGACAUGGCAACAGAAAGAGAGGUGAAGAAAAUGUUGGAGGCUCGAGGUCUGUCUCGUGGUGAAGCUGGAGAGACUAUGGUGGUUCAUAUAGAAGAGCCAAGUGGUGAACCACAGGUUGUACAUGUAGAGCAUACAGAAGAACAAAUAGUGGAAGUACCAAUAGAAGAACAUAGUUAUAUAGAAUACCAGCAAGUAGAAGAGGAGAAACCUAGGGAAUAUAUUAUCAGUGAAAAUGAUGGUGCAGCAGCAUCCAGUGCCCAGUACAUGUAUACCUCUAGUAGUGGUGAAGUGACUAUACAGGGCAACCAGGAACUCAUUUAUGGUCAGCCAGCAGUACAAUAUGAGGUGGAGUGUGUCGGCGAUGUUGGAGACGAGGAGGCUUUGUCGGCAAUCAAUCUGUUAGCUCAGGCUAGUGCUCAACAGUACGAGAGUGUCAUCUCUCAAAUUUGACAGCUCUAAUACAGAAUUCAAAGUGUAAAAAUUAAAAGUUAAAGUUUGAUCACAAGCUAAAUGUAAUGUGUUGAGCACAGAGAUGCAACGCAAUCCAUUUGACUACUUGCUACAGAAGUGAGUUUAACUUACUUGAAAGCUAAUAUGCACUCUUGGGCAUUUAUCACGUCUUGAUUUCUACAUCUACAUGUUCCUUCCGAGCAGUUGUUCAUGAUUAUGAUUGGGAGGCGCUAUGAUUUGAAAUGUGUCAAUGCAAAGCCAAAAGUUAUCUCCUGUACAUGGAGAAAGUGACAUGUAGUUUCCAGUGCUAAUUGUUUUAGUAGUUCCUGGUGUUUUGUGAAGGAGACAUGAAGUCACUAUUGAAAUACUAGACAGUAUAAUGUAAUAAAACAUUUUCAGUGUUUUAGUGACUGUUCCAGUUUAUAACUGUCAGAUUUGUUUAGGUCAGAUCCUCCCUAUGAAACAGUGUCAUGAAGGGGGAAAAUGGAUCCAGAUGACUCUGUGACACCUACUUGUGUUAUUGUGACUCUGAUUAUUUUA